AUGGAUUAUAUUAGUCCAUCAUAUAAUUGUACAUCUCACCCACUUAGUAACCAAGCUUGCCUGGCAUAUGAUCUUGGGUGCUUCUCACCAAUGGACUAUGUUAGUCCAUCAUAUAAUUGCACAUCCCACUCACUUUACAACCAAACGUGUUCGCCAUGUGAUCUUGGGUGCUUCUCACCAAUGGACUAUGUUAGUAUAUCAUAUAAUUUCACAUCCCACUAUAAUUUCACAUCCCACCCACUUUGCAACCACACGUGCUCGCCAUAUGAUCUUGGAUGCUCACCAUCGGUGAAAGUUGCUAGUUUUCAAGAUGAUUGGUGGCUAGGUCACUCACAUGUAGGUAUAGUACUUAAAGACUCAAGUGAGGCAAAUUUCUCGAACUUGACUUUCAAUAUUGAAGGUUCAGAUCCGAUUGAAGUCUGGAGUAAUAUAAGUUUCUCGAACUUGUCCUUCAAUAUAGGUUAUGUCGGAUGCAGAUCAAAGGGUGCUGCAGUUGCCUACGGGGCUGCUCCAAUUGAAUGUCUUUUGGGAUUGUUUUGCUUAUUUCUUUUACUUUGGUGA